AUGUCGUUGACGCCGAGACCCAUAGGUCUGCUGCUUAUUGAUCUUCAACGUGCCUUUGUGGAUGGAAUUUGGAGAAUGGGUUUACCGGACGAGGAAGUUGAACCCAUCAAGAAAAGCUUUGAAACCUGUGCUACGCUGUUAGGGUCUGGUUUACGGAACGUACCGAUUCUGAUGACCCGGUGUCCUUUUGAAGGAAAUGACUUUGAGCUUCACGACAGUUUGACUUCCGUAGUGGAAAAAAAUCAACGUUAUGUUAUCAAACCCAGCACCUCUGUGAUGCAUGCUCACGGAUUCAGAGAGUGGGUGGAAACAGAAUUGCUUCAACAGGGAAUAAAUACUUUGGUAAUCGGAGGAUGUACGACCACAAGCUGUGUGCGAGUCAGCGCAAUCAGAACUCAGAAGCAUUUUGCAAGCCAAGGUCUUCACGUUGUUGUGGAUUUAAACUUAUGUGGGGCUAGAAAGCGUAAUUACGUCAAAAGGUGCCCCAGUUGUCUUGAAUUGUAUAUGAAGUUUGGUGACAUUGAUUCGUCAUAUAAUCGGCAUUGCACUUGUGGUUGUGGUGGCAUUGAAAUGAUUUCUCCUGUUGACAAAGCUGUGCAGUGCAUGCAACAGGAGAAUGUUGAUGUCAAAGAAACAUUUGACUGGAAGCCAUACCUAUCAUAA